AAGUUGCUGAUACCACGCCCUUCCAUAUUCAAGCAGAAGUGACCAUGAAAACAAACUUUUUUGGUACCCGAGAUGUCUGCACAGAGUUACUCCCUCUAAUAAAACCCCAAGGCAGAGUGGUGAAUGUGUCUAGCACGGUGAGUCUCAGAGCCCUUAAAAACUGCAGCCCAGAGCUGCAGCAGAAGUUCCGCAGCGAGACCAUCACGGAGGAGGAGCUGGUGGGCCUCAUGAACAAGUUUGUGGAAGAUACGAAGAAGGGAGUGCACCAGAAAGAGGGCUGGCCCAGCACCGCAUAUGGAGUUUCAAAGAUUGGCGUCACAGUCCUGUCGAGAAUCCAGGCCAGGAACCUGAGUGAGCAGAGGAAAGGAGACAAAAUCCUCCUGAAUGCCUGCUGCCCAGGCUGGGUUAGAACCGACAUGGCAGGACCCAAGGCCACCAAAAGUCCAGAAGAAGGCGCAGAGACCCCGGUGUACUUGGCCCUUUUGCCCCCGGAUGCUGAGGGGCCUCAUGGACAGUUCAUAUCAGAAAAAAGAGUUGAGCAGUGGUGAGCUGGACUCAAAAGUCCAUCCGUGUGCCUCAUUUUGUACCCUGUCCUGAUUUGACUCAAAGGACAUUUACAAUGUCAAAAAUAUUCUUAUCCAAUAAAAAAAAAACCAUAAUAUCUCUACUAAGUACUCACUAAUAUACUACUAAUGGAGUAGGCUACUCAUUCAGUUGACUACUAAUUCUGUGAAGUUUUGUGAUUUCCUUUGUGAUGUAAGGAGAGGAAAAUGUGUAAUUGCUCAAAAUAAUGAAUGUCAGUAGAUGAAUAAAUGGUUC